GGAUAUAUAAUGCGUGGUCUCCAGAAGGUGGAAGCUAAAUGAUCAACUUAAUGACAGAGAAGACCAGCAGACACAUAAGCACAAUCAUUAAAGAAAAAGAUGGCCCUCCAGGUUUUGCAAAUAUAAAUGACCAUGAUGGCUGCUCAACUAAGCAUUUCACAUAUAUUACAAGAGGUCUGCCAGCCUCUCUGUAAUGCCAAUCAAGCAUGUAAAAAUGAGGACAAUAACAACAACAGUAUAGUAACUCAGAGCAAAGAACUGAAGAAAGUGCAAACACAUGAAAAGAGAAGUGAGAGUUUCAAGAUGAAAGAAAAUGAAAUGAAAGAGCUUCAAGAAAAUCCAUGUAACUCACCAGCCUUGCCUAAACACUCAAAUGAUAAGAAUCAGACAGACAAGACAAAACUAAAAACUGACAUUUCCUCUAAAAGUUCUGUGUUUGAAAAGUGGGCUACCAUGGAUAGGGCCAAUGAACGACCCCUUGCCAAGAGGCAGCUUUCCGAUAUCAGCAAAGCUUUCACUUCCAGAGCUGUGAAAAAGACUCUGGUGAAAGAAGAAGAUCAGAAAAGAGAGACAGUGCAAAGUAGUACUACUCAGCAGGACAGGAGGAAGGAUCAGAUUAUUUUAAACCAGCAUGAGUCCAGACGGAAACUGACAAAGAAGAUGAUCUCCAGCACAGAGGAUUUCCACAGAGUGGACACACAUGCAAUCAGUGCUGGCCAAGAGCUAAAGAGUAAGAAGAUCUUCUCAGUACAGACUAUUGCCCGAACCAUCACCAAGGGAACAUCUACUGAUUUAGAAAGGCUUCGUGCAAUCUGGGUCUGGCUCUGUCAUAACAUUGAGUAUGAUUUGAAUGGGUACCUGGGUCUGACUGAGAAGGUGUGUUCUCCUGAGCGGGUUAUUGAAACAGGACGAGCUGUUUGCUGUGGAUACUCCAGUGUCUGCUUACAACUGUGUAGGGAGGUUGGCAUUGAGUGCAGGGAGGUGUCUGGCCAUGGCAAAGGUGUUGGAUACAAAUUGGGUCAGAGCUACCAGAACACCAAGUCAAACCACAUGUGGAAUGCAGUGCGUUUGGGUGAUCACUGGUAUCUGCUGGAUGCCUGCUGGGGAGCUGGGAGAGUGGAUAUGGACAGCAAAGCCUUUAUAAAACGAUAUAAUGAAUUCUUUUUUCUGACGGAUCCAGAGGACUUCAUCGGUUCACAUUGGCCUGAUAAAGAGGAGUGGCAGCUGUUGAACUGUCCAAUUAAGCUGGAGGAGUUUGAGAAGAGUGUGCUGAAAACCUCUGAGUUUUACAAGCUUGGGAUAACACUCAUUCACCCCAAACAAUUUUUACUCGUUACAGAAAACGGUGAGGCUUCCAUAUCAAUGAGAUUCCCUCAGCCUGUGGACUUCACAUAUGAGAUAUCCCAGCAUCACAGUUGUGAAAAGAAAGAGCUGAGCACCUCUAUGGGUCUACUCAACGUCACACAGAACAGCCUGAAGCUCCAUCUGAUGCCACCGAGCACAGGAACAUUUGAUAUCACGCUGUUUGCACGACCAGGACAUAGUUCUGGAAAGUACACUUGGGUGUGUUCCUUUCAACUGGAAUGCUAUGAGCCUAAGACUUCACAAAAUCUCCCUGAAAACCCUUACCUUUACUGGGGAAUGACACAAAAUGCUGAAGAUUUCGGAUUAAAAACAUGUGUGUAUGGUAGUGAGGCCAUUUUAUUGCAGUCAGGUUUAUUUGAAAUUGUGUUACAGACCAGUAGGGCACUCAUGAUGCUGUGUGAAAUAAGCCAUAAAGAUUUGGAUGACGCACUGUCGAAGAGAUGUCUGGCCACCCAAAUUGAGGCAGACAGACUUACCUGUAACAUUAUUUGUCCAUACAUUGGUUAUUACAGACUGUCUAUAUUUGUCAGAGACUAUGAGAGUGACAGGAGCAGCUUCAGGAAUGUGGGAAACUUUCUUCUUCAUUGCUUUUCCAACCCAAUCAAUCUGAAUCAGCUUUUACCUCCAGAUAUCAGCCCUUUUUGUGGGCCUGGAAUUAGGACUGAUGAUGCUGGCCUUUCAGAGUUCAGCCACACAAGAGCAAUAAUGAGCACACAGCAGGGAAAGUGCAACAUCACUUUCCAGAACCAGCAGAACUUGGACCUCCAUGCCAUCUUAAAACAAAAUAAAGAAGAUUCUGGGCACACCCUUUCUCAGCACAUCUUCUUCACCCACAAUGGAAGUAAGGUCACUCUUUGUGUUGCCCUGCCUGAACCAGGUGUUUACAAACUUAGUCUUUAUGGAAAAACUCCAUCCAACCAGGAAUUUAACCUGCUGUGUGAAUUCAUCAUUCAGAACAGCUCAGAGAGCUCAUGGCCCCCAUUCCCAUGCAUCUACACAGCCUGGAAGAAGGGCAGUGUGCUGUUUGAGCCGCAUUCAGGUCUGCUCGAGCCACUGUGUUGGGUUAAGUUCCGUGUCUGUGUCCCUGGGGCUCACAGAGUAAUUGUUCUGGGUGAACAAAGAGUGGACCUGCAGAUCAAUAAGACUAACAUUUGGGAAGGAGAAGUGUUCACAGGAAACGUGGAACAGAUCAAACUCGCAGCCUGCCAGGAGAAAACUUCCGAUCAGUUGGAUAUCCUGAUGACCUUUGAUGUGCUGAAGCCACAAAGUAAAAUGUAAGAAAAUAGACUGGGGAAGUAGGACAGUCCAGAUAUACUGCAUGUGAAGGGUCUCUGGUUCGAUCCUGAUGCUACCCUUAGAUCAAGGUUGUCCAAUCUUUUCUACAAAGGGCUGAAGUGCUUGCAGGUUUUCAUUCCUACCAAUGGCAACACCAAAUUCUACCUGUUUAAAUCAAACGAUUUUCAUUUUCAGUCACUAUCAUGUGUUGCCCCAGCUGGUUGGAUGAAAACAUGCACUCUCAUCGACCUUUUGUGGAAAAUAUUAAACACCCCUGCCUUAGACAGACUACUCUUUCAUCCAGAAUGCAUUCCUACUUUGCAUCCUAAAACCUGGGACAGGGUCAGAUCAAAUCUGUCCAAGUUGAAGUAAUUACAAAAAAUAUAUUAAUGCUGCCUGGAUGCAAUUGCUGCAUCCAGAAAUUCAAUUUAUGCUAGAAAUAUAGUAAACAUGACUUAUACCUGUAAACACAAUUUGUAAGAAUAUCUAGCGGGUGUCAUGCCUCUUUUGAAUUUCUAUGAAGCCCUUUGUCAUAUUGUAAAUUAUGUUUGUCUUCAUGGAUCCCUUUUUGUUCUUCAAGGUGCUAAAGAGUUAUAAUACAUUUCACUUAAGGUGUUCAUGCAGAGUUAGCAUAAUGGCAGAGUGCUAGAUCAUACUUGCAUUAGAACAAGGCUUAUACAAUUCAUUGUUGUAAACUCUUUAAAGGAUAUAUUUAACAUUCAGGUAAUACUUUUUUGUCUUUCGAAUAAAGUGCUUUCCAAACAAAAUA